AUGCCACCGAGGUUCGGAGUUUUCUCGGUUUGGCAGGCUAUUAUUGACGCUUCAUCGAAGGGUUUUCAAAGUGAUGCCUCGAAGCAGGGUCUAGGCUGUGUUUUGAUGCAAGACGGCAGGGUUGUGGCUUAUGCUUCUCGUCAGCUAAAGCCGCACGAGGUGAACUACCCGACUCACGAUCUUGAGUUGGCAGCAGUGGUUCACGCCCUGAAGAUUUGGAGGCACUAUCUGUACGGAGGCUAUUGCGAGAUUUACAUAGACCACAAGAGCUUACAGUAUAUCUUCACCCAGAAGGAGCUCAACAUGCACCAACGGCGAUGGUUGGAGCUGGUGAAAGAUUAUGACUGUACCAUUUACUAUCAUCCGGGCAAGGCGAACGUAGUUGCCGACGCCCUCAGCCGGAAGGGAAAGGGCGAACUGACCUGUAUGAUCACUCAGCAGCGUCAGUUGAUUCAUGAGUUCACUCGGAUGCAACUAGAAGUGGUCGAAUCACCUCCUAAGUUGCCAGUUGUGGGAGGUAUUCGAACGAUGAGAAUGUGGCCAACGUUACGAGAUAGGAUCCAGAGGGAUCAAGCCUUCGACGAGUUCAUUCGCUCGAUGGGGGCGAAGAUUCAUGCCGGAGGAGUUGAGAGUUUCUACCGAGGCACUGAUGGUGCCUUGGAAUACAAGGGAAGGAUCGUUGUGCCGAAUGUCGAGGCCUUGAAGAAGGAGAUCUUGACUGAGGCGCAUAGCGCUCUGUACUUGGCGCACCCCGUGAAGGCUGAGCACAAGGUUCCACCGGGUCUCUUACAGCCUUUAGAGAUUCCGCAGUGGAAAUGGGAGAAGCUGACCAUGGACUUUGUAACGGGAUUACCGAUGUCGGCCAAGCGCCACGACGCAAUACGUAUCUCCAGGGAAUCGUUCGACUCCACGGCGUUUCUGCCGAGAUUAUAUCAGAUCGAGAUCCCAAGUUUACAGGCCAUGGGGACGAAAUUGAAGUUUAGCUCCGCAUAUCACCCACAGACCGACAGACAGUCGGAACGGACCAUCCAGACGCUUGAGGACAUGCUUCGAGCUUGUGUUCUAGAGCGUGGUGGUUCGUGGGAGGAUUUGUUACCCACUGUGGAGUUUGCCUACAACAACAACUAUCACUCGUCGAUCAAGAUGGCACCGUUUGAAGCUUUAUACGGUCGCAAGUGCCGCUCACCCCUGUAUUGGGAUGAAGUUGGCGAGAAACAGGUUCUCGGUCCCAAGUUGAUCGAGGACACGGUACAGAAGGUUGCCGAGAUCCGAGCGAAGCUGAAAGAGGCACAGAGCCGACAGAAGGCCUACGCUAACAAGCGUAGAAGUGAGCUUGAGUUCGAGCAGGGAGACAAGGUAUUCCUGAAGGUCACGCUGAUGAAGGGCGUUGUACGAUUCGAGAAGAGGGGGAAACGGCAGCCACGAUUCAUAGGGCCAUUCGAUAUUCUCGAACGAGUUGGUGUAACAGCCUACCGUCUAAAGUUACCCCCAGAGCUCUCGGGUGUACACAACGUCUUCCAUGUGUCGAUGUUGAGAAAGUAUGUAUACGAGCCGUGCCACGUAGUGAACUUUGAUGAGCUAGAGGUCAGGCAGAACCUGACGUACGAUGAGCAACCGGUAGCAGUUUUGGACCGAAAGGAGUAUCCCGUCGGCCAAGGCCUCACCUUGGUCUUACCAACGGGGUUGUCCAGCACAGGGACCUUUAACCCAGGUCUUACGGCUCAAAAUGUGUCCAGCACAGGGACCGUUAACCCAGGUCUUACAGCUCAAAAUGUGUCCAGCACAGGGACCUUUAACCCAGGUCUUACGGCUCAAAAUGGAGACUACACUACGGGUACGUUAUAUAGCUACGGGGAUAACCGUUCGACGGCCGGUACAGCUCACAUCGAAGGCUACAUGGUUCACAUGCAUACAUUGAUCAUACCAAAUUUAAAACAGUAA